AAAUGGAAUCGGCGGUGGUAUCGGUGAGUGGAUACAGCGGCCUUGAGCGGUUCAACCUAAUCAAGCUCAUAUCUCUAACCGGUGCGAGCUAUGUCGGCAAUUUCUCCCGAUCAGUCACUCAUUUGGUAUGUCGUAGAUUCGAAGGAAGGAAAUAUGAGCUUGCUAAGAAGUUAAAGUUGAUAAUCGUAAAUCACCGGUGGAUUGAAGAUUGUAUAAAGGAAGGGAAGCGUUUGCAUGAGGAACCUUAUAUGUUGCAAAGUGGAGAAGAAAUGGGACCUCUGUUGCUGGAGAUCCCUUAUGUUGCUAAGGGAGAUGCCUUGACUAAGAAGCGCAAAGAGUUUUCUGAAAAGCCUAGUGUUCACGAUGGUGUUGUAAAUGAAAUAACUGAUGUUGACUAUGGAGGUUCUGGCUUAUCUGGUUGGUCCAAAUCUGCAAUGUUGGAUGAGCAUGGAGACCCAUUUUCUUAUGCUUCUAUGCCUCCAAUGAGGAACAAAAGGAAGAUCUCAAAGAACAAGGAGCCAAACGCUCAUUGUUCUGCUCUGUCGCUGAGGGAAGAAAGAGAUCUUGGUGAUGGCAGCAGAGACACUUCUUUGGCCAAAUCAUCUCAGAGGAAAGGACGGAGGCUUGUGAAGAAGACUAACAGAGAAAUAGUAGUGUCUGAUUCUUCGGAUUCUGACCAAGAGUGCUAUCCAGUUCCACUCCUCAGGGUCCGUAAACCAUGUGCUGGAGUAAAAAAUCCAUGUAAUCCUGAAAUUGGAGGGCCAUCUAAUUGGAGGACUGUUGGUAUAUCUGCAAUUGGAGAACCAUCUAAUCAUGAGUUCAGUAAGCUUCAAAGAUUACAUGAAGAAAUAAAAAUUGAGGAGAUUGAAUUGUGGAACAUCCAACCUCCUUCCAAUGGUUUAACUUCACCAGGAAAGAAUGCGCAACCUGACACUGAAAGAGCUUCACCAGAUGGGUGCUCUGAUGCUGUGAGAGAGACCCGGGAUUUUGCUUCCAGAUUAUCGACAUCAAUGGAUUUAUCAUGUGUUAUAUGUUGGACUGAGUUUAGUCCAACAAGAGGGAUUUUGCAAUGUGGACAUCGAUUUUGUUAUUCAUGUAUCCAGGAGUGGGCUGACAAGAUGACUUCAAAUAGAAAUACUCCAUUUUGUCCUUUGUGCAAGGCAAGAUUCACGAGCAUUACAAAAGUGGAGGAUGCAGCCAUCUCUGAUCAAAAAGUAUUUUCCCAAACCAUUCCUUGUGCCACACCAACACUUGAUGUUCCUGUUCUAUCUGAUCAGGAAAGAGCUGCUCAGGGUUUUUACAGAGAGUUGUUAGACAACUGUAACAUUGGUUUCGACUUUCGACUCUAUCCAACAAGGCCUUCUCCAUUGAGAAGCUCCUUGCUUUUAAUUUCUGAAAACUCUGCAGUUCUGCACUGCCAAUGGAUGUUACAAGUUGAUCACUAUUUUGCACUAUCAUUCUCAGCUGCUUCAGUUUGCAUCAUGUGCCGUUCUCGAGAACCGGAGGAUCUUCUUAUCAGCUGUCAUGCUUGCCAGAUGCGAAACAUACACAUAUACUGUCUUGAUCCUCCUUUGUUACCCUGGACCUGCAUUCAUUGCCAGGAUCUCGAGAGGCUCAACCCUUACAUGUUCUAG